UGCGCAAGCCUGAAACCGUACCCGCGCUGGCACAGUGGGGGAGCAUGCAUGCAUGGCGGAGCCGGCGCUGCGCUGACUUGGUUUUCUUCGGGCCGAACUAUACGACUUUCCACCGAGCCUGCUUACAUUUGCCUCGUUUCAUGCGACACAUCGAAGUAUCUCCGUCCAUGCUGAGGUUUUUAUAAGCUCGUUUUAUGCCACGGCACAUUUGAAUGACUCCGGUCCGAGUAAGGAAAGAGCUGAUCCUAGUUAUCCAGCCGUGACAAUCCAGCGACAACGCCGUAGUCACGGACACAGAUCCGAGGGAGGACAACGUCAAGGAAGACACGGAACUGUCUGUAGCGCACAGGUUCUUUGGAGUUACUUCUUAUUCCAAAGUUCUAGAACAAUUGAACAGAUUUAUGCAUGGACUACUCUGUUAUUACCUUUAAUAUCAGCAAUUAUAUAGCUGCGUAACCUAUAGUUGCAGAAACUAUUAGUGCGCCAAUAAGUGUUAUUCCGAGGAGAGAAUUAUUCCUCAUUGUGUUUAAAAGGUUAUUCAUGGUAGACCUACUGAAGGAUAUAUUUUUUAAGGCUCUAAAUUCAUGUGUUUAAUAUUUGUGGCAUUCCACAUCUGCGGUUGAAGAGGAUGCGCUUGUUGCGAUGAAUACAUUAUACGAGCAUUGACUGAAAUAGUAUUUAGUUCAAACGGACCCUCAACUAAUAUUGCAGCAUUUUUUUUCUUCACCGAUUGCAAAUAUUUUGUAUUCCACAAAAAACUGAAUGUGUUUUUCUAAAACUGAAUGCAAAUACUGAACUUUUUCCAAAUGUUAAUUCAAGCUUCAGCACAAUAACUCCCUCGCGAAGUAAUCCAAUCAGUUCGUUAUAACCAGAGAGGAAUCAACUGAGAUAUAAGGCAAUUAUAAUUUAAAAGCCUUCAGAUGGGAAUAUCAUUUCAGUCUGUCUGUUCAUUCGAAUAAUUCUAUCGCGCGAGACGCUGCAUCGAGAGGGACUUUGGCGUGGCCAAGUUCUGGAGCUUUGCCGCAGGUGGAAAUGAUCCUGUUCGUUUCCCUGGUGUUAUGGAUGUGUGCAUAUGGCCAAGAGCCGGCGUCCAAGGUGGUGUCCGACCGCUAUGCCGUCUACUGGAACCGGACCAACCCCAGGUUCUACCGGGGUGACUACCACAUCGACGUGUGUAUAAAUGACUACCUGGACGUCUUCUGUCCCCACUACCUGGACUAUGUCCCUGAAGAGCGGACAGAGCGCUACGUCCUCUACAUGGUCAACUACGACGGCUACAGCUCCUGUGACCACACCGCCAAGGGCUUCAAACGCUGGGAGUGUAACAGGCCCCACUCCCCCAACGGACCCCUGAAGUUCUCCGAGAAGUUCCAGCUCUUCACCCCCUUCUCUCUGGGAUUCGAGUUCCGCUCCGGCAGAGAGUACUACUACAUCUCAUCCACCGUUGCUGACAAUGGAAGGAGAAGUUGCCUUCGACUGAAGGUGUUCGUCAGACCAGCAACAGACAAUUGUGUGAAAACUGUCAGUGUUCACGAUCGGGUCUUUGACGUCAAUGAGAGGGUGGACAAUUCCCUAGAACCAAGAGAUGAUACCAGUCACGAAUCAGCCGAGCCGUCCCGAGGUGACGUCAACUCGGUGGGCCGGGUUCAGACCACCGGCCUGCUGGUCUCCUCUGCCCUGCUUCUCUGUGCAGCCAUCUUGUCUUUAUAGCGCCCAGCCUGAGGGUUUUAGACAGGGCGGAGUGGACUCGCCCUGACUGGACCAUACAACCCCCAAGGUGCACUUUUUAAAAGACAGUCUGAGUGCCGGGGAGAGGUGGACUUCUAAGGGGGAAGACCUUUUUAUAAACUUUGCUUUGGGGAGUUAAGAUGCCAAAAGCCUUUUGGACUCUCAUUUUGUCAUUUUACUUUCCUGUAGAUGUUAAUAUUUCAAGGUCAUAGUAUCCCAGUGAAUAUGCUGUCCCCCCCACCUCUCUCUCUCUCUCUCUCUCUCUCUCUCUCUCUCUCUCUCUCUCUCUCUCUCUCUCUCUCUCUCUCUCUCUCUCUCUCUCUCGUUCACACGCACACAUGCACACACACACACACACACACACACACACACACACACACGCACACACGCACACACGCACACACGCACACGCACACACACACACACACACACACACACACACACACACACACACACACACACACACACACACACACAAUCACUCUCUCCUCUGUGGUCCCACCAUAUCUUUUGCAAGAUGAAACAACGGAACAAGAACUACUAAAAAUAACUUUUUUUCAAGCCCCCAAAUGACUUUGAGAAUAUGAUGAAGUCUUACAGUGAAUAACUAUGAUAAUUUGAAGAUGGCUUGUGACUGAUCAGAUCAGCCAAUGGCAAUGAAGCAAAGGAAUACUGGCCAAUCAAAUGAGGCCAAGACAUACUGGCCAAUCAAAUGAAGGACCAUGCAUGCUGGCCAAUCAAUGGUGAAACAAGGAUCCAGAGCCAUGGUUGUUGCUUGGAGAAGUCCUGUUGCCAGGGGGAGGGGGCUCUUAUUUUCUUGCCUUUGAAGAGUCCAUUAGAAGUUCAUGAGAUGGGGGUUGGAUUUGAUGAUUCAGAGACUGGGAGUGAACACUCUUAGCUGAACCGGAAAAAAAGAAGCACUCAUGUUUAGCAAUUUGUGUCCUUUUAGGGGAAUUAGUGAUUGAUUCAUGUAUUUUUUAAAUGAAUCACGUAAUUCAAAUUUAGCAGCCAAAACGGGUGUAUAUUUGCGAGGAGCGUGGGAGUUGAUAUGGUAUUUUGUCAGGCAAAUGUAUUUUCCUAUUUAUUGUUGAGUCCUUGUGCUCUUUCCCUUUUCUGAUGACUGUCCUGGUUCAGUCACUGUAACUACAGCAGAGACAAGCCCAAAACAUCCCACCACUUAAAAGCACCAGUCUCUCUUUUUAUUUUGGAAAGGUGUGGUUAUAUUUCAUACACAUGUAAUAUCUGGGCUUGGACUCAAAAUGGAACUGGACUGUUUUUAUCUAACAGAGUUCAGGAAGGAGGACAUAGUUGGAUGUUGUAUCAGGGUGUAACAAUGUGUGUUAUAACUGUGUUUCUUCCCUGUAACAGUAAACACAAACUGUAUGUGUUCUAACAAGUCAGCCCAAAUUACCAUCCACUACUUCAUUUCAACAUUGUCAUAACCUCUACAAAACUACAAUAUGUACUGUACAUAAACAAAACGUUCAGGGAUGACUCUAUAACUAGUACGAUUAGUUUCAAUUAUGUUCUUAGUAAUAUUCUUGAGUUUUUCCCCAAGCAAACAGCAAAAACGUGAUUGAUAUUGAUAGGUUAGCGACCAUUCAGUGAUGAUCAACCCACACGUCCCAACAGGUCCAACGCUUCUCCUAAAGUUGAAGGUAGGUUGUGGCUACGUUAGUUUCAUCUGUAGCAGCUGCAGCUCUAGUGUGAUUUAGCCGUGUCUUUGAUGUCGUGCAGAGCGGUGUCCAAGCAGACCACAUGCUGGGGGGCCAUGCGCUAGUUAUUUCUGGAAUGAGAAAAAUCGACCACCAGGAGGGAGAACGAGAGAUGAGAGAGAGUGAGGAAGAGAGGUGUCCUAUUCAGCCUCUGGAUAGGUUCACUAGCAGAGAGAGAGAGGUGUCCUGUUCAGCCCAGAGGUAAUUUUACCAUCAGAGGACUGGAAUGAGUAAUGAGGAGAGAGAGAGGGCCAGCUGAGAUCAAUAGUGAUGGGCUUCUCAAACACAGGAACACAGUAAAUAUUUCCCUCCACUGUCUGAUACACAGUCUAUUUAGUGUACUGACACCAACUCACGUCCUUUGUAAAGGGGAUGGACUAUCAUUGAGAAAUACAUUAGCCUCUGCCUCUGUUGGCUGCAAGUGUGGGAUUCAGUUUGAACAAGCCUUUAAAUAAGAAAAGCUGAAAUUCAUUGUGACUGACAUCAUUCACUUCAGCCAGUCAAUGUUGGGAAACAAGGAUCAGCUUGUCUCAUGGAUACUGUGUAUCCAGCUGUAGUCUCAUAUAACGUAGUGUUAGAGCAGUGGAUCUCACACCUCUUUGAAGGACAACCGCAGUUAACAAAGACACAUUGUUAAUGCUGUUAGUGAGAGAAUAAAGUCAAUGUUGGAUAUCAAAAACGGUUGAUUACAUUUGUUUAAUAUCUUUUAGUAGGAGAAACAUGAUCAAUGUUACAGUCUAUAUAUUUUGUGUAAGGUUUUCACAUAUCAAUGUUAUAGUGUGUGUGUGGAGGUUGAAGUGCCCAAGUUAAGGGCUCUACUAUUGGAAGUGCACUAUAUCCAUCCAUGCUCGUCUCAAGAACCAUACUGCACUCCCAUCGCCCUUCUCUUUUGACCAGAGCUUAGUAGUAUUUGCAUCUGAAAUGUGGUUUAGGCGCCUAAUGUUUUGAGUCCCUGUACAUGCUUAGUUUGUUUGUGGUCCCUCUUAAUCUUCACUACAAUGGUUUCAGAGGAAACUUCAGUAGUCAGCAGCACCAUGUUGUUAUCUGAAUUCAGGAGAUUUUGUAAAGCUUGUUAAGUGUUGGUUUUCUGUCCAUAUCUCAAUGUCAUGAAUCAGUUAACUUGUGUAAUUUUCCAUUCAAAAGUUGAUGCACAGUAUGAGAUGCAGUUGUGUUACAGGCUGAAUUGAGUCUGUUAGGAGGAGCUCUUCACCUGGCACCUGUUACUGUAGCCAUGUAGCCUGAACCUGACACCACUGUGCCCUCCUAUGUCUUCUGUCCCUGUCCUCUGUCCCUGUUCUCUGUCCCUGUCCCCAGUGACUGUCUCUUAUCCCAGCCCUAUCGUCCUCACCUCCCCAGACUGUUGUAACCCCUCCAUCUCUCCCUGGUCCAACUCUCUUCACCAGAAUGUUCUGCAAAUGUACUGUAUUUCAUACGAAGGCCAUUAUUUGUAAAUACACAAAUGUGUUGGAGCAGCUAUGACUAACUACAAAAAAAGAUUUAAUAAAAGUGAUUUGUCAUUGUUGUAA